AUGGUGGCAACGGUUUUCGAUGUGUUUACGAUCAAUGUGAUCAUUGCAAGGGUGUCUGUCCUCUAUGCUGCGGAAGGUGUGUCCAGGUCCAUGGACUUGAACCACUGGACUGAGAGCCUGAGAGAAGGAGACAUGAGACUGGAAGUGAAGGAGACUAUAGCAGAGCUAAGUCUUUCUGUGGAAGAAAUUCAGGAGCAAAGAUCCAUGGAUGAUGGUCCCUGUGACAUCACUUGGGGAGAAUUCUGUGCUCUACAUCAAAGAAUCCACACUGGAGAGAAACCUUAUGAAUGUAAUCAGUGUGGAAAGGCUUUCACGAACAGGGCAAGUCUGGCUCAACAUCAGAGAAUCCACACUGGAGAGAAAUUGUAUGAUAUAAUAUACAAAUCUUAUAAAUGUGAUCAAAGUGGAAAGGCUUUUACCCAGAGGUCUUAUCUCAGUGUACAUCAGAAAAUCCACACUGGUGAGAAAUCUUAUGAAUGUAAUCAGUGUCGAAAGACUUUCCGAGGCAGCUCCAGUCUUGCUCAACAUCAAAGAAUUCACACUGGAGAAAAACCUUAUGAAUGUAAUCAGUGUGGAAAAUCUUUCUUACUGAGGGCUCAUCUUGCUAAACAUCAGAGAAUCCAUACUGAAGAGAAACCUUAUGAAUGUAAUCAAUGUGGAAAGACUUUCAGAGGUGGCUCCAGUCUUGCUGAACAUCAGAAAAUCCACACGGGAGAAAAACCUUAUGAAUGUAAUCAGUGUGGAAAAUCAUUCCCACUGAAAGCUAAUAUUACUUUACAUAAAAGAAUCCACACUUGUGAGAAACCUUAUGAAUGUAAUCAAUGUGGAAAGGCUUUUAGAGACAAUUCCACUCUUGCUAGACAUCAGAGAAGCCAUACUGGAGAGAAGUCUUAUGAAUGUAAUCAAUGUGGAAAGGCUUUGCACUGA